AUGGAGGUGAGCGAGGGGGAAAGCGACGAGGAUGACGAGGACGACGCUGAUGAUGAGGACGACAGUUGGAAUGACGAUGACGAAAACUACCUGUCGAACUCGCUGUCCACGCUCAACGAGGGGGAGGCGGAAGAUAACGAACGGGUGCGGGGUACGCGAACGGACUUGGAGGUCCCCAUCGCGGACUGGAACAGGCUUGGCGUGGACGACACGCCGGCCGCGAAAAGAGAGGUGUGCAUGGGCAUCCUCUACGGUUUCUCGGAGGCCACGCUGAAGAAAUAUCGCGGUUGGGCAAGAGAGUACAAGCUCUUCAUGGCGCACGAGCUGCCAAAACUGGAAGCGAGUAGAUUCGGUGAGGAGGCCGCGUUGGAAAACGCGAACCCCGACGAGAUCGGGGCCGCGCUCGAGCAGAACAUGGGUAGUGACUGGAAGAUGGCCAAGGGCGACGAGCAGUGGUUCCACGGCCCUGAGACGAAUCCGUGGCGGUUACGCAAAUACAUAACCUUCCUCGCGAACGAGACGGUCGCACAGGCGGACAGGAUGGCCACGCUCAAGCGGCCCGACAAGACCCUGAAGAAGAGACGCCAGUGCUCCCCUGCAAUGCUGAUGGGGCGUCUCAAGGCUCUGAACAUGCUCAUCAAGCUGGACGGGGCCAUCUUCAGGAAGCCCGUGCUGAAUUUGUUGCGCGACUUUGCGGAGUGUCGCAUCUGGGUCCGCGUUCAAGUACGCGACCAAUAUAAGCGGUUUAUCUCGGAACACAUGGAUCGCCAUCGGGGCACGGCCGCGGACACGUACAACCCGGACGAGUUCAAGAAGAUGAUGCGGAAGACCAGCAUGGCCGCAAUCUUGAGCAGCUUCACACUAGCCAAGCAACAGUACACCCAGGCACUGCAUCGCGACCUCUGCAUCCGCACGAUGACCGUCCUCGGUCAUCACACACUAGCCCGCGGCUGCACGAUCAGAAACCUCCAGCUUCCAGACAUGAUGAUGUGGAAGCUCGGCGCAAAAUCCGAGACGGAUCCAGUGCGGAAAGCGUUCGCGUUUGUCUGCGCGUGCAGGACGGGCAAGACAAACAAGGACUUCUCGCUCAACUACAUCUCGGCAGUGAGACACAUAGACUGGACUCUGUGCGCGGUCGGAGCCACGCUGCUGUGGCUGCACUUGGUGUACGACUUGGUCCCCAUCCUCUACGGGGACAUAGCCCCCCCUCUCGACUUCACGGAACCCUCGACGUGUACCAGGAUGGACGCGCAGAACCAAGUGGCCUGCCUCACUGAGUACCUGACACGUUCACAAGCGGACAACACAAGGCUGGGCGUAGAGCUGGCCGCGACCCAGAGACGGGUGAAAGAGCUGGAGGGGCUGCUGGACGAUCGCGACCGGAGGCUGGCUGAGAAGGACGAGCGCGUGAAUGACCUGGAAGCCCAGCUGUCGCGUCUCACCGUGAGCAGCUCAGGGCCGACCGCGGAUCCGAGUCCGGCAAACACUUUCGGAGCCGCGGCCGCGCCUACCAAUUCCGCAACCCCCACCGACCAGGGGACGCGUAAGAAACCAGCACAGCCGACCAGGGAAGAGACAAUUCGAGACGCGAUCAUGAAACCAUGGGUCAACGCGACCAAGCCGUCGGACGGAUGGAAGCUGUACAAGUCCACGCACGCGCUGGUCGGCGAGAGUCCAGAGUCGCUCCUGGCCCAACCCCGCGGUGCAGUUACGCGAAUGGCCGAGCUGAUUGGGAAGGAGGGAGGCGGCCAGAACGCGAUAAACCGUGUAAAGCGAGUCAUGGACUUCAUCUCCCGCAGGGUGGAGCAGGGAGACAACAUCGCGGUCGUGCUCGACAAGCUCGACCUCGUGUCUCAAGCUGUGGGCAUGUCGGGAGUGUCGGAAGGGAUCGCGGUGAAAAAGAAGAGUGUUGACCUGAACCUGAGCGAGCUGAAGAAGGGUUCCCCGGCGGAGGUGCAGUUGCGGGUGAAAUGGAUGCUUGUACGCGACCGCUUCAUCGAUGCCUCUCUUCCCGCGUCAGAGUUCCCGACCGCGUGGCCUCAGUACUGUGCCCAGAUGCCUUCGCUAGCUUAG